GUAUAAUCGAACCAAUAAUCUAAACAUAAACAAGAAAAAAAAUCUGAUUUUUCUUUUUAAAAAUAAAAUCCAUUUCGCUAUAGCUGCCGUGAAAACGACAGCAAGGACAAAAACUGCAAAAAGCCCAAAAGCGAGGGGGCAAAACGGGAAAACGCCAAAGAAAAUGACACUAACGACUUGUUCCUCUCGCUUUUCUCCCACUGGAGUCGAGUCGUCGUCUCUGCUGCUCCGCCCUUCAGAAAAAAAAAAAAAGAAAAAGCAAAAAAGCGAAGCGAAGCAAAGCAAAGCAAAGCAGCGACGCCGAGAAGCCCACCCACGCGCAGGCGCGACCAAUCCAUCCGGAGCCGCUGCCCGCCUCCUCCCGCUGGCUAGGGUUCCGGCGGGCGCUCUGCUGCUGCGGGCGGGGUUGGUUUGCGCGGUGGUUUGAUCAGCUGCUGCUGCUGCUGCUUCUUGUUGCCGAGCUAGCGGGAGCGAAAACUAGGGCAUUUGUUGUACAAGGAUGAACAGCCUGCCCCAGGUCAAGUAAUAUUCGCGUUGGAUUUGGAUUGUUUCGACAUGAACGGGCAGCCGAGAUUCCAUGAUAUGAUAGGCGGUGGCGGUGGCGGUGGCAAGGGGAUGCAAGAUAACGAGAUCAAUGGCCUAUACAACAUGCCAUCUUACCAUAAGUUUGUGGAGGGCUCCCAGAUGUCUGUUGACAGUGCCGACGGAUUCAACAUGGCUUACGUUGGGGGUUCUGUUGCCAUGUCGGUGGACAACAGCAGCGUGGGAUCGAAUGAGUCCCGCACGGUUAUACUUAAGCACCCAGGCCUCCGCGAUGCCCCAACUGCAAGCUAUUCAGUUGGCAACAGUGUCUUCCGCCCCAACCGUGUGGCUGCACACACGCUAAAUGAGGAUGCGUUAGCUCGUGUUUUGAUGGAUCCAAGCCAUCCGACUGAGAUACUAAGUAAUUAUGAGGAAUGGGCCAUUGAUCUAGGGAGGUUGGACAUGGGGGUUCCUUUUGCUCAAGGAGCCUUUGGGAAGCUAUACCGGGGAACAUACAAUGGAGAGGAUGUUGCCAUUAAGCUACUGGAGAAGCCUGAGAAUGAUCCAGAGAGAGCACAAGCGUUGGAACAACAAUUUGUGCAAGAGGUUAUGAUGUUGUCUAGACUGAGGCACCCAAACAUUGUGAGGUUUAUUGGUGCAUGUAGGAAGUCGAUUGUGUGGUGCAUCAUUACUGAGUAUGCUAAAGGUGGCUCAGUCCGGCAGUUUCUGGCCAGAAGGCAGAACAAGUCAGUGCCUUUGAGGUUGGCUGUAAAACAGGCAUUGGAUAUAGCCAGGGGGAUGGCCUAUGUGCAUGCUUUGGGAUUUAUCCACAGGGAUCUAAAGUCAGAUAACUUAUUAAUUGCCGCUGAUAAGUCCAUUAAGAUUGCUGACUUUGGAGUGGCUCGCAUUGAAGUGAAAACUGAGGGUAUGACACCAGAGACAGGAACCUAUCGCUGGAUGGCACCGGAAAUGAUCCAGCACAGGCCUUAUGAUCAUAAAGUUGAUGUAUAUAGCUUUGGGAUUGUCUUGUGGGAGCUUAUAACUGGCAUGCUCCCAUUCACAAACAUGACGGCUGUUCAGGCAGCUUUCGCUGUUGUAAACAAGGGUGCUCGGCCAGUGAUCCCGCAGGACUGCCUGCCUGCUCUAAGCCACAUCAUGACUCUCUGUUGGGACGCGAACCCUGAAGUUCGCCCCGCCUUUACUGAUAUCGUUUGUAUGCUUGAGAGUGCAGAGAUGGAGGUUCUGAGCAAUGUCCGUAAAGCACGCUUCCGCUGUUGCAUCUCUGAGCCCAUGACAACGGACUGAAACUAAAGCAAUGUAGAUGAUUGCAACAUGGAUCAGGGGGAGGAAGCAAGGGAGGAUGAAGAAAAGAGAGGCAAUCUCCAUGUAUUCAUUAGUACCAGCUGAUAGGGUCUGUGUGCCAGCAGAAGUUCCUAGGCUUUGAGCUUCUGUGUUGUUCGAUUCUAUCUUUGUGUGAGUUGCACAGCUCAAGUAAUCUCUUCUGGAAUAUAGAUGUUGCCUUGUAUGUUAACAAGAUCUAAUGGAGCUUUCCUAUGUUAAUAACAUAUGCUUGUUGUAACCAA